AUAGGGGCUCCAAGCCGGGGCAGAGCAGCCUUCUCCCCGCGCCCCCCAGCUUUGCAAUGCACGCGCCCCACUCAGAGCUGCUCCCCCCACUGCAGCCCCAACGGAACUCUUAAAGGGCCAGGCGGGCUCCGGCUCUGCACCAGCAGCCGCUGCUGCGGGGCUCAGGGGCCUGAGGAAACUAACGUCAACUCUUCAGUGCAAGAGGCCAAAGUGUGUCUGAUGGUUGGAGCUGGAAAUCCUGAGAGUCCGAUUUUUGGGUACUGACUCCUCGGACUUGGGAGCCCCAGGUUCAAUUCCUAGUUCUGUCAAAGACUUCCUGCGUGGCAUUGGCUGUAUCCAGGGAAGGCGAAAAAACAGUCACCAACCCCUCUACGGAGGGCUCUGUAAGCAGCAGAAGCACCACUAAGCGCCUGAAAGAGUGUAACGCUGAACGAUGGAAGAUAUCCCACCAGGAGAUCUGGACAAGGCUGCUGGUGGGGAUCAGAACAGCUCAGCGACAGCGCGUCUGCAUUUGUAUCCAGGCAUGCAGGACGAUGCCAAUCCAGAUCUUGACCAAGGCCUUGCUGCGCAAACUGCAGGUGCUUCCCUGAAUCACUCGACCACCCUGACAGACAGACAGAGAGGCAACGAGGUCUCUGCCCUUCCAGCAACCCUCGACAGUACGUCCCUGAAGCACUCGACCACCCUGACAAACAGACAGAGAGGCAACGAGGUCUCUGCCCUCCCAGCAACCCUCGACACUUUGUCCAUCCACCAGUUGGCUGCUCAGGGUGAACUCAGUCAGCUGAAAGAGUAUCUCCGAAAAGGGGAGAACUUGGUGAACAAGCCCGACGAGAGAGGCUUCACUCCUCUGAUCUGGGCCUCUGCCUUCGGGGAGAUUGAAACAGUCCGUCAUCUGCUCGACUGGGGUGCGGACCCCCACGUACUGGCCAAGGAGCGGGAGAGCGCGUUGUCGCUGGCCAGCACCGGAGGAUACACCGAUAUAGUGACCAUGCUGCUGGAAAGAGACGUAGAUAUCAAUAUAUACGACUGGAACGGAGGCACCCCGUUGCUGUAUGCCGUGCGUGGCAACCACGUGAAGUGUGUCGAGGCUUUACUAGCUCGCGGUGCUGAUCUGACGACAGAAGCCGACUCCGGCUACACCCCCAUGGAUCUGGCCGUGGCGUUGGGACACAAGAAAGUUCAACAGGUUAUUGAGAACCACAUCCUCAAGCUGUUUCAGACCAAGAAACUGGAGUGACGCUGGCUCGUGCUCCCUGGCUGAAAGAAGCAGGGCUUUGCUGUCUCCGUCAGCUCUCCAGAUGCUGCAUGGGAACAAGGUGGCCAGACGCGCUGUCUCUUUCCAAGGGCUGACACUCCUGCAGCAGAUGUGUGCUGCCACUGCCGAGCGGGUGUGGAGGGAGCUUUAGAGGAAAUCCCUGAUGGAGGAGGAGCUGUUUACUCUCCAAGCAGGUGGCAAAGGAGAAGCAUCCCACACACAGCGAGACACUGAAUUGUCCAGGUAGCUGCAUUUCUGCUGCGAACAAGACUGCAAACCGCCUCCCUCUGCCCCCUCUGUGUGUGUGUGUAUUAAAUGGUGCCUAAAGCA